UUUUUCAAACAUUUCACCAGAAAAAGAGAAAAAAAAUAAAAUGGAAAAAGAUAGUGAAAUGAAGGCCUCAAUUCCAGGAUCUAGGCAAUUGAAUCUGAAGAAAUCAUUCAAGCGUGCAUUGCAUUCCUUAUUAACUGCUUGUUCCAAAGAGGAAUUUUGUAAAGCUUUUCCGAGUUUUACUGCAGCAGAACACGCACGCCUCCACCGUCUGUUCAUUCAGGUGAUCAAUUCUUUGCAUGAAGAUAUAGAGGAAGAAUUCGAGUCUAUAUGUCUUGCGACACAGGCUGCAACAGUUCUUGACAGUGUAGAGGAACUCGUGGAAGAACAUAGUCUGGACCCUCUUCUUUCUGAGAAGAGUAAUGUUGAAGCAACUGCACAAAAUUUGUCCGAAGCAAAGAAAAACGAAAUCCACUACCUUACGGGGAUGUUGCAAAAGGCAGAAGAACAGAAGCGUGAUAUCAGCGCUCGUCUCGAACUCCUAAAGAGAGAAAAGCACGACUUCUCUGGUGCUGAGAACCUUCUUGCUGAGUUAAGGACUGGGAUAUUGAACUAUGAGAAUGGCCGCAGCACAAGGAUCACUAAUACAUAAGAUACCAUCAGCAGUCUCAUGCAUCAAUAUUUUGAGUGAAUCUCAAACCAGCAACUAAGUAGUUUUGCUGUUGUAUUCUGCUUGUAAGCUAUAUCUGUUAUGUUUGAGAAUUGAUAACGGUAUAUAAAACCACUGUCACUUUCUUGAAUUUCCUUGUUUGGCAACAUGAAAAUUCUUCCUAGCGUGUUAAAUCCUA